AAACUUUUGGAGGAGGAUCGUUUUGUAAACCCCAAGUUCUAGCCAACGGUCAUAACCCCGGUGCUCCUUGCUCUUCCUGGCCUGUCCCAUUCGUUCUGCACUUUGCCGCGCAGAGCAUUCGACCGACAAUCUCGGCUGACCUGAUCUGUUGGUGGCGAUCAGCACAAGGUCGACUCGCGAGUUGCUCGUGCAGCUCAUCGGGGAACCAUUGGCCAAGGUUGGCCUCUUACCGUCUCCAUCUCGCUUCUCGCUUCUGCCCCUACUGCGACUCUGACUUUGGAGAUAUCGUUCUAUCUCUCGAAAUCACGUCUUCAGAUCUUUAGUCGCUUUGUACAUCGUGGUUAAAGUCGUUGCUGCCACGCUCCGGAUGUUGUCGACUUGAACUGUGGGCAUGUCUCGUCGACAAGCCUCAAGCCAUUCUUUGCUGCAUCGUUGCAAAGAGACAAGCACCACGAUUUACCAUGUUUUCUUUGACGAGCGGAAUACACAACCAGUCCUCGCCGUUUCGAGAGACCCCCAGUGUGGAUUCAGAAGACUCGCCCGUCAAAACUGAAUUCCCAAUUCACCGUCAUACAUUGCAAGCAUCAUAUCCUUCGAAUCAACACUCCUGGCCAGUCGUGUCUCCGCCUGCUUCAGCAACCAUGUUACCGUCUAACCCUCACCGCGACAUGGAGUCGAUCUCGCCUCAAGAGACGACGGCAUACCUGGGCGACAACCUUCGACCUAGUGGUGGACCCAGCGGCACACCAUCCCCGGCUCAGCUUUCAGCAAUGAUGUUGCACAACCCCAAACGAGCGUAUCGGCAGCGGAGAAAGGACCCGAGUUGCGACGCCUGUAGAGAACGCAAAGUCAAGUGCGACGCAACAGAAACAACAAGCUGUACAGAAUGUUCGAGCCGCAACGUCCGAUGCCAAUUCACAAAAGACACCAAUCGACGCAUGUCAUCCAUCAAACAAGUCCAAGACCUAGAACGACAACUUGUAGAGGCUCGCCAACAACUCGAACGUUUCCGCUCCGUGGAACGCAAGAUCGAUGUUUCAGCCGAACUGCGUCCCGGGUCAGCCUCUUCCAUACUCACCGAGUUUGUAUCUGUUGGAAGAUCACCCCGAAGGAUGUUAAAAGCAAGAUCUCCUCAAGAUCUCACAUACGCAAGGUCGCACUUGAAUGACGUUGGGCGCGGCCUUCUGAAACCACCCGUAACAGGGGCUCCUUCACGACCACACGGUUCAUACUCACACGUCUCAGAUCUGCCAGGCCUCCCUUCGCAAGCCGGAGCAGAACGUCUCUUCCACUAUUAUCACGAAAGCAUCCACAGACACUUCCCCGUCCUGCACUGGUCCACGUUUCAGCAGCACUUCGCCACAUUUACGGAAACGGGGAACUCCAGUUCGCUACCCAGAGACUGGUUGGCGUUACUCUAUGUCGUCCUCGCUAACGGCGCCCUUGCGACACACGAUCCUGCGAGAUUGGGCGAGGCGCAAGAUUAUCUUACUAGAGGCAUUUCUUCAAUAAAUUUUUGGGAGGACGAUGUCACACCGAAUCAAGCAGUCGUGGCCUUGUUGGCCAGCACUGCACUCGUGGAGAUGAACCGAAAAUCGGCCGGUUGGAUUUGGCUGGGCUCAUCAAUCCGUAUUCUACAAGAUCUAGGGUUUCAUGUUCAAGGUGGAGAAUGGUCUCCAGUGGAAGGCGAGCUGCGGAAACGCAUCUGGUACUCCGUUUACGUUUGGGAUCGGAUACUGGCUCUGGAGCUGGGCAAACCCAUGUUGAUCAACGACGACGAGUUUGACACCGAGUAUCCAGAAGUUCUGGACGACGAGCGUUUGGUGGUCGAGGAUGCCCAAAGUCCUGCGCCUCCCACUCUAUUACUCGCCAACAUCCACAUUGCACGGCUCAUGUCGCCGUUGGCAAAAGCCUUUCGCACGUUGUGUAUUACGAACGAGGCUCUGAACAGAUUCGAGAACUAUUUGGGCGACUGCCUGAGCCUGUUUCCACGGAUUCUGCAACUCUCCUCAUCGAUCCCACUAGAUGCUUGUAUCAUGGCACCAAUUAUGCAUUUUCAGAACGUGAGGAUACUCCUCCAUCGUCACAACUUGUCUCCAUCCUGUUCUCCAGAACAGAGACUGCAGGCAAUUGAACAAUGUACCCACGCAGCGCGAGAUACGGCGACCCUCCUCUCGAGAUGCAUGAUUCCUCACAUGAACGCACACGAAUGGGAGCAGAGGUUUGUGUUAUCUACAACCACGAUCCUUUGUACACACCUGUGGCGUUGCAUGCUGUUCCUGGUCUUCAGACAGCAAUACGACGCCUGUUAUAUUGUCCUGAGAGCUGCAAUGACAAUUGGGGAAGCAAGGAACAUCAAUAUCAGCUGUGGCAGAUAUCUGGCCUCUUUUACACGCAAACUGAUAGAGCGCUACGAACAGUCCCCCAAUAUUGACGUGGAGCAGGACGAAGAUUUACUAGUAUUUCUGUCAGCAGAUCUCCAGGCUACAACCAACAGCUGGGUCUGGGGCAACGCAGAAACGGGUACGCAUCUGAGCAGACGACAAAAGCAUGGUCGACCACGCCACACGAGCAUCGAACAAGAUUCACAACCGCAAAACGAGCGAUAUUCCCCCUCGUGGGCUGGAAUGCUAACAGAGGAGGAACAACACGACUGGGGCGGAUGGCAGAAUGUGGAAAGAUCAGUUCGAUAUCUACAACAACUCACAGAAUCCCGAGUCAACGUUGCGAACCAUGUCCAACCAAACACGACAACCACUUCACAAACUACGGGCCCCAUCUUGGCCCCGAUUAAUACUGCACAGCCAACACAAGAUGUCAAUCGGUCACGUAUGACUAUUGCAAAUAUAAUUUAGGAGCAUUGAGGGUGUUUGUCAGGGCACCAAGGAUACACGAUCCCAUGAACAAGAUGUCUUUUGACGGAGAGACAAGACUGCACGAGUUUCUCGAGAUACCCCUUUCCCGGCACACCGUUCGUGUCUCUGUACCGUAAUCACAAACUUAUCUCAAGACCCAUACGCUAAGCGUCGCCUUGAACACGGCAUCGCAUCGGACGACUCCAUCAGUGGUUCGAUUCGUGUAUGAAAAUGUCAAGUCGCUGCAUGAAUAGAAGAGGCUGUGAAUUGUAAGACUUG